GGUAUCGUAAUGGCGUUAGGCUCGCGCGGGGUGUUGCUUUGUAACGCGAGGCUUUGCCUUGAGGAAAAGUAAACCGAGGAUCCUGCUGCUGCCGGGCGCACCUGGCUGCCCAGGUGCCGCCUCUGCGGGAUGGCUGGGCACUGGGAGGCGUUUGUGACCUGCACGUGUAUCUCCCAGCGCGCCCCGUUAGGCCAGGCGAGAAGGUGGCAGAGGUUUAGAGCGUGGUUUGCGCCCGCUCACCGGCCGUAGCAGCCGGGAGAUGCCGUCUCUCGCUGGCUGUUGCAGAGUUGCACCAGUUUUUCCUGAUGAAUCUGUGUCAGGAGUUGCCUUUCUGCACAUCUGACUCAGCCAGUUUCACAACUCCUCAAGCAUUCUUGUGUCCUCUCUGCUCUGUGCUCCCACAGAAACCUUAAGUUCAGGAUCCAACUCAACCAGAACGUGCUGAUCCACAGAGACCGGCGGUCCCAGCCCACAGCCGACGGCGAGAGCCCCGCCGGCAGGACGCGGCCGCGCUGCCGCCCGCCAGAGCUGUUGGGAGAGCAGCCGGGAUGCAGAGCGGCGGAGCCCGGCGAGGAGUUAGUGCCCCCCCGGCCGCCUGCGCCGCUGCACAAGGGUUCCGCCGCACAAGGAGCGGCCACUGCACAAGGGCUCCGGGCGGCUUCCGGGCUCGGCGGGAAGCGGCGGGUCGCGGCGGUCCCCGGCGGUCCGUGUCGGGGAGCAGGGUGCUGCGGGGCGGCGCCAUGGCCCGCAAGAAGCUGCACCGGCCCAUCGCCGCCAUGGCCAAGAAGAUCCGCGAGUACCGCGCGCUGAAGAACCGGCCGCGGGACUCGGAGCGCUUCGCCCUGGACUACGAGACCAUGCGGCGGCCCCUGACGCAGAAGCGGCUGCCGGUGCUGGCCUGGGAGGACGUGCGGAACGAGAACCGGCUCCUGGCGCUGCUCUGCCGCCUGCCGCGCCUCGGGGUGGGCCGCACCGUCACCCGCAAGUCCUGGCUGUGGGCGUACGAGGAGCCCUGCUACUGGGUCAUCACCAAGGUGAAGGCGGACUACACGGCCGAGAAUAUGGAUCAUGGAAGAGCUUGGGGUUACCUGACCUUCAGAGGCAAAACUGAAGAAGAAGUGAGAGAGAUCAACAAAGUCAUGUACCAUGACUGGCGUAUGGUGCCCAAACACGAGGAGGAGGCCUUCAAGAAAUUCACUCCAGUGCAGGAGGAGACCAUUCGGUACCUGCCGUACCCACCCCUGCUCCGAGCCAUGAUCCUGGCGCAGUGGCAGAAAGAGGGAAAACCAAUCACAGAGGAGCCGAUGAUUGACCUGGAGAAGGUCAUGGCCUCUCCCCAUCAGCGUGCAAAGAAAAAAGCUACAGGGACACUGGUAUAAAGACUUCUCGAAUGUCUUGAGCUUCCUGUGUGCUCUCACUGUGUGUUAGAAGUAUGGCAUCUUGCAGAAGACUCCCUUGUCCAGUGGGGUGUGGUGUAUCCAGGUUUCCUAACAGCCCUGUACAGUCACCUCAUCUGAAAGGAAAGAUGCAGAUAGGUUCAGCUUUGUUUUUACCAUAGCUUUGGUCUCAGUCAGCAGAGGAACCUUCUUGGUUCCUGUAUAGUCUCUGAAUGCAUAUCUCCUGUCAUCCAGCUGCAAUUCUUUGGAGCACAGUUUCCUUUUCAGCCCAAAAAUUAGGGUUUUAAGAACACUUUUUUUUUUAUAUAAUUUGGGUCCUGCGUAAAUCAGAGAAAAACGACUGAGAAUAUUGCAUUAUUUCACAGAACUGUGUACAAAUGUAUCUACUAAUGAAAAUAAAUGUUUGAAGAAAACUUGGUA